AUGCUUCAAAAUUAUAGUGUGCCACCAACACCGCAUCACGUGCGACCUUGUAAUGGCAACGGUGUGCUGCUCACGACGGACAGCGAAGAUCAUUAUCAUUGGAUGCUGACAACACUGUUACAAACAACUGUGACAAACUCACUGGGUAGGGCAGCGGGACCGUUCUAUGCCGACGACACAAAUCUUCGCGAAGAUAUGUGUCCACCGCCAUAA